CCCGCCGGCAGGUCGGGUGCGGCGGGGAGCGGCGCGGAGCGGGGCCCGCCCGUGUCGCUUGGGGGUCGCGCUAUGGCCUCCCGCGGGGGUCCCCGCGCCGCCGGCACCGAUGGCAGCGACUUCCAGCACCGGGAGCGCGUGGCCUCACACUACCAGAUGAGCGUGGCCCUCAAGUCGGAGAUCAAGAAGCUGAUCUACACGCACGUGGGCAUCUGGCUGCUGCUGCUGGCUCAGAUGUGUGUGGGGCACCUCAAGCUGCUGCCUCACGACCAGGUCGCCAUGCCCUACCAGUGGGAGUACCCCUACCUGCUCAGCAUCCUGCCGUCGCUUCUCGGCCUCCUCUCCUUCCCCCGCAACAACAUCAGCUACCUGGUGCUUUCCAUGAUCAGCACCGGCCUCUUCUCGGUGGCUCCUCUCAUCUACGGGGCCAUGGAGAUGUUCCCUAUGGCGCAGCAGCUCUACCGGCACGGCAAAGCUUACCGCUUCAUCUUCGGCUUCUCUGCCGUCUCUGUUAUGUACCUGGUGGUGGUCGUGGCCGCCCAGGUGCACGGCUGGCAGCUCUACUACAGCAAGAAGCUGCUGGACUCCUGGUUCACUAGCACGCAGGAGAAGAAGAAGAAAUGAGGGAGAAUGCGGCUCUGUCAGGGCUGGAGCUCCGCAGCCGGCCCCGUGGGGCGGUGCUGGCACGGUUCCGGUUAGGGCGGGAGGGGAGCUCCACGGGGGACCAACGUCUGUGUCUGAGCCACGCCACGGCUCCGGGAUCGCAUGGGGCGAGGGGGGAACGGGGAGGCUCCCGGGGCAUGGAGGGUCUUCGCUGCCCCCCUCUUGCCUUCUCCUGUGUGUUGCUGUAUGGAAAUAAAGCAGCCUGUGUGCUCCCA